AUUAUAAUCUUUGCAGCAAAGGAACAGACACAAAGGAUCCUAGAAAUCGCUAACGUAGAACCAGAACAAGCUCUCUGUCUCUCUCUCUCUCUCUUUUUGUUCUCUCUCUCUCUCUCGUUUGAUCGCGUUAAGCUCUAGCAAAAUCUCCGUUACUGAGUUCAAAGACAAUGAGUCAGGAGUCGUUCAUAUACAGCUUCGUGGCCCGAGGCACCGUGGUCUUGGCGGAGUACACGGAGUUCACUGGCAACUUCCCAGCGAUUGCGGCUCAGUGCCUUCAGAGACUACCUUCCUCCAACAAGAAGUUCAUCUACACCUGCGACGGCCAUACCUUCAAUUUUCUCGUCGAGGAUGGUUACGCUUAUUGUGUUGUUGCCAAAGAAUCUCUUGGCAAGCAGAUAUCUGUUGCAUUCUUGGAACGGGUGAAGGCAGACUUUAAGAAAAGAUAUGGGGGUGGUAAAGCAGAUACAGCUAUGGCCAAAAGCCUUAACAAGGAGUUUGGACCAAUCAUGAAAGAGCACAUGAAGUAUAUUGUUGACCAUGCUGCUGAAGAGAUUGACAAGUUGUUAAAACUGAAGGCUCAAGUUUCAGAAGUUAAAAGUAUCAUGUUAGACAAUGUUGAUCAGGCUCUUAAAAGAGGGGAGCACAUAACUAGUGUUGCUGACAAGGCUGAAGAUCUACGUGAUCAGGCCCAAAGAUACAAAGUAAUGGGAACACAAAUUAAACGGAAGAUGUGGUAUCAAAACAUGAAAAUAAAGUUGGUGGUUCUUGGAAUCCUAUUACUUCUGGUUCUGAUAAUCUGGCUUUCUAUUUGCCAAGGAUUUGACUGCACCAACUAGUAGAAAUUCUUCAGUGCACAGCAAUGACUUCGACUCAACAAUUGGUGCGAAUGAAACAAUCUUCUGUAAUUGGAUAUAUCUGCAAAAUCAAAAGUGAAAUUGUGCUCCAGAAAUUCUUUGCUAGUUGGAGUAGAUCUUUUUUUUUUUUUUGUGUGUGUGUGUUGAGAGAGAGAGAGAGAGAGAGAGAGAGAGAGAUGUGUCAUUGUCGGUCUUGUAAAAUAGUUCAAUGAUAUGUUGUUAUUCUUCUAUGUGUAUUCACAGUCGUGCAUUAUUGCGUUAGUUUUCAUGGUUCCAGUCACCUUUUGCCAAGAAAUUAGCUGUUAAAUGGCAAAAAUUUGGUCGGGUAAGCCGAGUCAAGUCCAAUAUUAAAUGUUUAAGUUUGGAUCAUUUAAUUUUAUUUCUAACACGAGUCAAACAUGGGCU